AUGGCACUGCCUGAUUUCAAUGCUCUCAGAGACUUGCACAAUUCUGCCAAUGACCUCCUCCAUUCACCAGAAAUCCAACAAGUUCUUGUCAGCCAGAAACAAGAAAAAUGGCUUCACGAAGUCUCAGAGGCAUCUCUAAGAAUGUUGGACGUGUGUGGUGCAUCUAAAGAUGUUCUUUUGCUUGUCAGAGAACAUCUUGUAGACUUACAAUUCACAAUACGUAGAAAAAGGGUUUGCAAGCAAGAUAUUAGCACCGAAAUUGCAGCCUAUAAUCUCUACAGAAAGAAGCUAAAGAGAGGGACAUUGAAAUGCCUGAAAUCACUCAAGGGAAUGACAGGCAAAUCUGUAACAUCAGAUGCCUCACAUGUAGACCACAGCAUUGUGGUGGUUGUUGAAGUGCUAAGAGAAGUAAGUGCGACAGCCAUCACCAUUGUUGAAUCUUUAUUAUCACUCGUUUCAAUUCCAUGGCUGGAGCAGGGAUCAAGUAAAGGGUCCUUUAUAAGGUCCACGUUUUUGCGAUCAACUGGCCAGAGACUGUAUGAUUUUUUUGAUGAAACUGCACUUCAUAGUGCAAAUAAAAGAUUGGAGGCAGUUGAGAUUGCUGUAGAGCUAAAACUUUUGAGAAAAAAAAGGUCGAACCAUGCUGUUUACAUGGCAUGGUUACAACUUACAGUAAAGGCUUCUCUGUUCUCUGAUUACAUCUUCUAA